AUGGCACCACCGCCCCUUCCACCACUAAUCACCCUCGAAGAACACUUCAUCUCCGAAGCGAUGCUCUCAUCCCACGGGGACAAAUACUCCGAACAACUCAAACACAUUCCCGGACUGACAGAGAAACUGGCAGACCUCGACACCCUGCGGCUGCAACACAUGGACGCAGGCCGAGUAUCUCUCCAGAUCGUAUCUCAUGCACCAGGGACGAUUUCAGCGACUCAGUGUCGAUCUGCCAAUGACCAGCUGGCACGAGCCAUUCAGCACCACCAUCACCACCAACAACAACAACAGCAGCAGGACACCGACACCAAUCCCAACCAACGCCAUCCCCGAUUCGCCGGCUUCGCCGUCCUCCCCGUCUCAGACUCAGGCGCCGCCUGCGCCACCGAACUCCGCCGCUGCAUUCAGUCCCUAAACUUCGUCGGCGCUUUGAUCGACAACCACACCAGUACAGGCGCAUACUUCGACAGUGCAGAGUACGAAACAACACUCUUCCAAACGGCUCAAGACCUCAAUGUUCCCAUCUAUUUACACCCAACUUGGCCGACGGACGCGAUGCGGGCCGCCCAAUACUACACUGACCCCAACCCCAACACUCCCAGUACCAUCUCCUCAGGCGCAAUGCAAUCCAUCGCCACGUCAGGUUUCGGAUGGCACGCCGACGUAGCCACACACAUCUUACGACUGUUUGCAUCUGGCUUGUUCGACCGUUUAACUCGACUGAAGAUCAUCAUUGGGCAUAUGGGCGAAACACUGCCGUUCAUGCUGGAUCGGAUUGUCGCGCUAUCGAGGCGCUGGGGGGACCGAGAACGUGAUUUCAAGAGUGUUUGGGAUACGAAUAUCUAUAUCACCACCAGUGGUGUGUGGAGUGUUGAUCCCAUGGCGUGUAUUUUGCGAAAUACGAAAAUAGAUCAUAUCUUGUAUAGUGUUGAUUAUCCGUUUGCUACGAACGAGGACGGCCUCCAAUUUAUGCUGGAGGUGCAGAAGAGUGGGUUGGUGACGGAAGAGCAGUUGGAGGGUAUUGCGUACAGAAAUGCAGAGAAGUUGUUGGGGGUUAAAGUUGGGAAGAGGUGGGAUUGA